AUGCCCUCCUCGCAGGCUGACGACUUGUCAGUCGGAGACGUGUUCGCGCCACAGGCCGAUAGCGAACAAUCCGUCAUUGAUGGCCCAGCCAAUCACCGUCUCCACAUUGCACACAUGGACGCACCUCCGAAAGCGAAGGGAUUCACUGGACUUGCCAAUCCGACCUUGACUCCAGAUCUUCUACCGAAGUCGCAGCGACGCAAGACCAAGAGAAGGACUGAGGCUCCAGUGGCGGCUUGCGCUACCGUCCAUGGCUUCACGCCUUUGGCUUCCGGUGACGAAGAAUCGGACUUUUCUGCCGCUAGCUCCCGUGCGCCUUCUCGUCCCCCCACAGCAUUGGGUGGUGCGAGCCCUCUGGUACAGCCAGCUACUGGCCAUGGAGUCAGCGCAUUGAAGCUUCAGCUCAACACCCUGAACCUGUCUGACUCGGCCGACGUGAGCGAACUUGUCUCCAAGACCCCCAGCAUCGCAAGUGUUUGCUCCGACAGUGAUCAAACCGAGAUCCUGACUAGUUAUGAAGUCCCGCUGGACCAAGACUUUGUCAGUUCUGACGCGGUGCAACCCGAGGAUCUCAGUGCGGGUGUUGCCGGCAUGAACUCGGACCUGCGUAGCCAACUUUGCCGAAAAAUGACCGCAGACGACUUUGUGCCUAUCCUCUGUCUGGGAAAGGGCUCUUUCGGAACCGUGUUACUCGUGCGCCACGUCCUAACUGGCAAACUGUAUGCACAAAAGCAAUUCCGAAAGGCAUCGCUCACCGUUCACAAAAGGCUAGUCGAGCAGACAAAGACAGAGCGUACGAUUCUGGAAAGUGUCAACCGGCACCCCUUCGUCGUCAAGCUAUUCUACGCCUUCCAAGAUCACGAAAAGCUCUACCUCAUCCUCGAAUACGCGCAAGGAGGUGAACUCUUCCACCACCUUGCCAUGGAGCGUAUGUUCCAAGAAGAUGCAGCCGCAUUCUACAUGGCAGAAAUGGUUCUAGCCCUGGAACACCUACACCAGAACGUCGGCGUCCUCUACCGUGACCUGAAGCCCGAAAACUGUCUCCUAGACGCAGAAGGCCAUCUCCUCCUCACAGACUUCGGACUCAGCAAAAUAGCCCUGAACGACGACGACCGCUGCAACUCCCUCCUCGGCACAAUCGAGUACAUGGCACCAGAAGUCAUUCAAGGAAAGCCAUACGGCAAAGCCUGCGACUGGUGGUCCCUCGGCGCCCUAGGCUACGACCUCCUCACAGGGGCACCACCAUUCCGCGCUCAAAACAACGCCAAGCUCCAAGAGAAGAUCGUCAAGCAAAAACUUAUGCUCCCCUACUUCCUAGGCCCAGACGCAAAAGAUCUUCUCACCCGACUUCUUCGCAAAGAGCCCUCCAAGCGUCUUGGCUACCACAUGCAGAAAGAUCUCCAGAUCAUCAAGAAACAUCGCUUCUUCCGGAAAAUAGACUGGGCUGCCCUGGAACGACGCGAGUUGACACCUCCCAUUCAACCUGUUGUCACGGAUCCUGCGCUCGCGGAGAACUUCUCGGUCGAUUUUACCAAUCUCCCCCUUAGUCCUACUGUUACUGGUACUGGGUUCGAUGAGUAUUAUGCUAAUGGCAAGGAUUGUCCCGAGGGAAGUGAGGAGAAUGUGAAUGUCGGAGAAAGUAAUCCUUUCGGUGGCUUUAGUUACGUUGCUUCGAGUAGCUUGCUAGACCAUGGUCUUGGGGUUAUGACUGCUGGUUAUUGA